AUGGGCCCGUCAUGAAGAAGCCAUACACUACUGCCCGUAUCGGUGGGUAUGUUACUAUGAAGAUGCUAGCCCUCUAGAGCCUCCGAAAUUCUUUGUCUGUCAAACGCAGAACAUAAAUCUCUGACAUCUUGUAGAGAAACACUUCUCCGCCUGCAUGAGUGUCGAGUUGCAGCAGCGUGUCUUCUGGAGACAAGACAAAUCCAUCCAACACGCCAAAUGUGUUCAUGGAGUCGAGAUCCCAGCAAAAGCUCUGAUCAAUGCGUAGUGCAGUGCGAACCCAUCAUUCAUCCAGAUCAGUCUGGGUUGUGGUUUCUGUGGUGCGAUGCUGGACUCCUGGGAAGUACGGCGAGACCAUGUCGGUGAGCACUUCAAGGCGGCGCAGAGAAAUCGUUAUGGUGGCCACUCACAUUCGUCAUCGACGAACCACCACCCAAUUCUGCACUUGGCGUGUGGUCUUGCUGCUAUUGAAACCAGGUAGAAGCGUCGUGCACCGAGACGAUGUCGCAUUCCAUUGUCUGUUAUGCUUAUCAGACUCAGUGUAUCUGUGCGACGUAAAUUCGGCCAUGGACCAUACCCUUGAACACAUCUUCCAGCUGUGUGAGCAACAUCUCUACCACAACGCGGAGCGGUUCAUCUCUCAUCUCUAACAGUGCUAUGGGGCGACCGCAGCCAUCUAUCCGUGGUCAGUUGUUCUUUCUCAGUCCAGAGGACCGCGCGAUUUUCAACUUCUAUAGAUUGCAAGUAGACUAGAACAGCUCAAGGUUUUCGAC